AAAACCAUUCCAAUUCUACAAGCAAAAAAGAAACAAUACUUUUCUUUCCUUUUCCAUCUCUCUUAUCAAUUUUCUUACCAAGAUCUCUCCACCUUGCAAAGCUCCGGCCAGCAUGGUUUUGUCGAAGACCGCCUCACAGACUGACGUCUCCGUCCACUCGACGUUCGCGUCCCGAUAUGUCCGCAACUCCCUCCCAAGGUUUCAAAUACCAGAGAACUCGAUCCCAAAGGAGGCAGCGUAUCAAAUCAUAAAUGAUGAGCUUAUGCUGGAUGGGAACCCUAGGUUGAAUUUGGCAUCAUUUGUUACAACAUGGAUGGAGCCAGAGUGUGACAAGCUUAUUAUGGCCGCCAUUAACAAAAAUUAUGUUGACAUGGAUGAGUACCCUGUCACCACUGAGUUACAGAAUCGAUGCGUGAACAUGAUUGCGCACCUGUUCAACGCGCCGCUGGGGGACGGCGAGGCUGCGGUGGGCGUGGGCACGGUGGGUUCGUCCGAGGCCAUAAUGCUGGCCGGACUAGCGUUCAAGAGGAGAUGGCAAAACAAGAGGAAGCAACUCGGCAAGCCUUGCGACAAACCCAACAUCGUCACCGGCGCCAACGUCCAAGUCUGCUGGGAGAAAUUCGCCCGUUACUUCGAAGUGGAGCUCAAGGAAGUCAAGUUGCGAGACGGGUACUACGUCAUGGACCCAGAGAAGGCCGCCGAGAUGGUGGACGAGAACACCAUAUGCGUCGCAGCCAUCCUCGGCUCCACCCUCAACGGAGAGUUCGAAGACGUCAAGCGCCUCAAUGAUCUCUUACUUGAGAAGAACAAACAAACAGGAUGGGACACACCUAUCCAUGUGGAUGCAGCUAGUGGUGGAUUUAUUGCACCAUUUUUGUACCCUGAAUUGGAAUGGGACUUCAGAUUGCCAUUGGUGAAGAGUAUCAAUGUGAGUGGGCACAAAUAUGGACUUGUUUAUGCAGGAAUUGGGUGGGCAAUUUGGAGGAGUAAAGAAGAUUUACCCGAAGAGCUUAUUUUCCACAUUAAUUAUCUUGGUGCUGAUCAACCCACUUUCACUCUCAAUUUUUCCAAAGGUUCCAGUCAAGUUAUUGCUCAAUAUUACCAACUCAUCCGCUUAGGCAGUGAGGGAUACCGUAACAUAAUGGAAAACUGCCAAGAAAACGGAAUGGUGCUGAAGGAAGGUCUGGAGCGGACGGGGCGGUUCAACAUCGUGUCCAAGGACAACGGUGUGCCCUUGGUGGCCUUCAGCCUCAAGGACAGCAGCCGCCACACCGAGUUCGAGAUCUCCGAUAUGCUCCGCCGCUAUGGCUGGAUUGUCCCCGCCUACACCAUGCCACCCGACGCGCAGCACGUCACCGUACUGCGUGUUGUCGUCCGCGAGGACUUCUCGCGGACCCUGGCCGAGAGGCUCGUCUUAGACAUUGAGAAGGUCCUGCACGAGCUCGACACGCUCCCCGCUCGGGUUACGGCCAAGCUCACCGCCACUGCGGCCGUGGAGGAGAACCACCACAACCACCACGUGAAGAAAACUACGAUCGAGGUGCAGAGGGAGAUCACGGCGACUUGGAAGAAGUUUGUUGCUGACAAGAAGAAGACUAACGGAGUGUGCUAAGUUUGUUAAACGGAACCACAUAAUUGACUAAUUGAAUGGUGCAAUUUUUUUGUUUUUUGGUAGCUUAAUUGUCGGUGUUGUGUGUUCGGUAAGGUUAUCUUCGUCUUUUUGUAUCAGUUGUGUUUAUUUACCAUGGAAACGGUGAUUUUUCAAUUUAAUUUAUGGUUUCGGUCGUUCUAA